AAGGUGCAGGGCUGGAGAUCCAGUGCUGCAGCAGGACAACUGCAUCUCUCAGCGCUUCAUGGGAGAGACGAGGGGAGGGAAUGGUGAAGGUAUCGGGUAUUUUGGGAGGGUAAAGUAGGUGUUUGGAAAACAAGGUAUUCGAGGUGAAACUAUUUUUUUUUAUAUAAAAUGGAAGGAUUUCUAGAGUUAGUCCAGGUGAAAAUAUAUAUUUUUUCCUGUAGAAUCUUCGAAAAAUCUGGCUAAGUCCGACGGUGACCAUUUCAACUGGUAGAGAAGAAUGGAUAAAAAACACCAGGUCUAGUGCUCCAUUGUAUCGAAUGAGAAUAAAACAACGACCGGGACAGCAUUUUAUGACUGAAAGCUCAGGUGAAAAAUCACCGGGAAGGCUUCUCCUCUCUUCAGUUUCCAGACGCUUAUUGUUUUCCACGGAUACAACCAGCAGUGGGAUGCUCGGGUCUCGUGCCGCCUUGUAGGGUUUAACUGAGAAACAUGGGCGAAGUUCAGGAAGACAAGGAUGUGAAGAGGACAUUCAACGCACCAGCCAUUAAAUCUUUUGAGUACUAUGACUUCUCCAGAGCCAAAAUCUGCUCCAGCCUGACAUGGCUUGUGGCAAAAGCCUAUGGGACAGACAGCAUCCCCACAGACUUGAAGAACCCCUUCUACACCGACCAGUACGAACAGGAGCACCUGAAACCUCCGGUGGCCAGCCUCCUGCUGUCUGCAGACCUCUACUGCAGGGCGGGCAGCCUCAUCCUGAGGAGUGACGCCGCCAAGCCGCUGCUGGGUCAUGACGCCGUCAUCCAAGCACUGGCCCAGCGGGGUCUCUAUGUCACCGACCAGGACAGGCUGGUCACAGAGAGGGACCUUCGAAAGAGGCCUCUGCAAAUGAGUGCCCACUUAGCAAUGAUUGACACUCUUAUGAUGGCGUACACGGUGGAGACGGUGAGUGUGGAGAAGGCGACUGCCUGCAUUCGUCAGUAUUCAUCAUACAACCCUGAGGUGGAUACGUCGUUUGACACGGAGGACGCAGUGACUUCCUGGAUUAACACGGUGAAUGAAUGUCUAAAGGAGAUUGUGACCCACGAGCAGAAAAAGGAGACGCAGAGUUUAGAGCCAGCUGGGAGUCCUCGGUCUCCAACUAAGUGGUACAUGAAGCUUGUGCCUGCCCGUUAUAGGAAAGAGCAGCCCUCUACCCAGCAAACUCUCUGGAUUCCACCAGUGGACAACCUAUUGAAAGACACCACAGAUGGUUCGGCUCUCGCUGCUCUGAUCCACUUUUACUGCCCUCAAGUCCUACCACUAGAAGAUAUCUGCCUGAAGGAGAAUAUGACUCUGGCUGAUCGGCUGUACAAUCUACAGCUCAUACAAGACUUCUGCAAAGACAACCUGAAUAGUUGCUGCCACUUCAGCUUAGAGGACAUGCUCUACGCCUCUUCCACCAUCAAGAACAACUACCUUGUGUUCAUGGCAGAGCUUUUUUGGUGGUUUGAGGUCGUUAAGCCAUCUUUUGUAAAACCAAGAAUCAUGGACGUUGAAGAGUCUUCAUCUUUGAUAAAGAAUUUGCCAGCUGUCUCUAAAGCAACCAAGAGAAGUUUUAUGGAACAGCCUCCAAGUCCUGACAGACCCAGUUUACCCCUCAGACCACAAACAGGAAACUCAGGAGAAAUCAAGAGGUCAACCUCAAUGUCAUUUGUUGAUGGCAACCUUGGCACCUGGCCCAAGGAGAAAAGGUCCGGUCCGUAUGGCGUGUCUUUCGACAUCCCCUUUGACAGAGAAGACUCUGCUUCCGCCUCACUUUCCUCACGUGGCAUGGUCCGGUCCAUCAGUACUGAUGACGGUUCUGGUUUUAAGGUUCACCAUAUGCCCCGAGGGAUGAAGCGCAACCUGUCCUUUCAGCCAGUGAAUGGCCAGAGCAUUGGCAUUGAUGAGGAGGGCUGCCCCGACAGCCUAGCAGGCUUGCAGCCUAUCAGGCGGGAAUACCCCAAUGGACACGGGAGUGGCCUGGAGAAAGCUCCUUCCAUGGAAGAAGCCCUCCAGAUCAUCCACAGCCCAAGUAGGCCCCCUGUAGAAGGAAUCAGCAAUGGGUUCUUUCUGCACAGUCAGAGCCAUGGAGCUGCUGCUGGUGGUUUAGACCCAGUAUCAGAACUGGACUCCAAAGAGGCUUUGAGCCCCACGGAAACCACAGAGGUGGACACAGGCAUCCAUAUUAGAACAGAGGACAUGCUGGAUGAAGAUUCCUCUCUGAGAGAUUGUUCUGUGAACAUGGAGCUCGAUGUGGAGACGCCAAGCCCCAGUCCGAGCAGUCAGAGCAAAUCCCCCUCGGCAAUUAAGAUGACCAGCUUCGCCGAGCAGAAGAUGCGGAAGCUCAGUCCAUCUGCCCAGGAUUCCGGCAGGGGCAGCAGCAGCUCCAUGAAAACCACUCCGGAGGGCUCCGAGCUUGGCCUUCCGUUGUCCGUCUCCUGGGCUCCAACCCCUGAGCACAGCCCUGUCCAUCAACAAGCAGCAGCACCUGCUCCUGCACCGGUCCAGCUUCCCCCCAACGAUCCCGCUCAGGUCAUGGCUACAGAGAUGGUACAUCUGAGGAUGAGGCUGGAGGAGAAACGGAAAGCCAUCGAAGCUCAGAAGAAGAAAGUAGAAGCUGCUUUUACAAGACACCGGCAAAAAAUGGGUCACUCUGCCUUCCUGAAUGUAGUGAAGAGGAAAGGCGACGGGGCUGCUAGUGAAGAAGGAUCAAAAACGGAGGGAGAAGGGAAGUCGGUGAGCACCUUUAAAUUUGGAAGGAACAUAGCAGACACCCCUGAUGGAGCAGAACAAAGCAGCAAAGCCUCAUGUUGGCAGAAAACACCCGCUGCAGGUGAAGAACAAAGCCACUCUCAUGUAACUGAAGUGGAUCUCUCCGAGUACACUCGGUCAAUUGAGAAGCUCAAUCACUCUCUAGCCUUCCUCCAGGCUGAAAUGCAGCGGCUAGCACACCAACAGGAAGUCAUUAUGGCCAUGAGAGAGCAGCAGCAUCAACAAGCAUGGGUCAUCCCUCCGUCAUACGCGAACCCCUCACCACAGAAACACACUCGGGCCGUCAUCAGGUCCUCCGGGCCGUCCUCUCCCGCCGACUCACCUCAUUCCACUCACCGCUCCCCGACUAACAUCAAGCGCAAAUCUGCAUCGUUCCACUCGCGCAAUCCCCGCGCCGCUCGACCAAACGAGCUCAAGUUGACCCCGUACAAUCGAGUCCUAACAGCCCCACAGUCUGUGGAUAGCAUCCCGAGGCUGCGGAGAUUUUCUCCCUGCCAGCCGUUGGUCAGCUCCUUCAUCUACAUGGGAGAGAAGCCGGCAGCGGCCGGUCCAGAGACAGUAGCUCCUCCCGAGGAUCAUAACAAAGAGACAGAUUCAGCUUCGUCUCCAGAGAAGGAGAUACCAAAUAUUCUUGCAGCCAGUUCACCACCUAGUUCCCCCAACAUGCAGAGAAAAGGAGAGGUGGAUGGAGAUGAGCAAACCCAGGAGGGAGAGAAUCCGUCCAACUUCCCUGACAUUAAAAAAGAUGGCCUCAAUGAUAGAGUUCAGAACUCAUUUAUAGAGCCCAAACCUACUGUGGAGUUCCCUGAGGUUCUGGCCCUCCCAGUGGUAGAGACCUUUACGGUGACACCCACAGAGAUGCCUCCUCAGCCACAACCUGCUAGCCCAGCCAAAAGCUGUUUAAUCGAAGUCCCACUCUCGGUCAUGGAGCUCCCGGAGGCUCUGAUGAUGGAGGACGCUUUGGAGGCGGAGCAAGACAGCGUGGAGAGUGUAGAUGAGGAGCAGAGGAUGUGUCACGGGUUCUUCUUCAAGGAUGAUGGAAAGGCAGAGGAGAACAUGGCACAGAAAAGAGCUGCACUGCUGGAGAAAAGGAUGAGAAGAGAAAAGGAGAACCAGCAGAGGAAGGUGCAGCUGGAGGCUGAGCUGGAGCAGAAAAAGGAGGAAGCUCGGCUGAAAGCGGAAGAGGAGCGUGUCAGAAAGGAGGAAGACAAGGCCAGGAAGGAGUUCAUCAAACAGGAAUACCUCCGACGGAAGCAGCUGAAGCUAAUGGAGGACAUGGACUCCAUCAUCAAACCCCGAGCAGGUGGGGGGACCAAGCAAAGGCGGAGCCGACCCAAGUCCAUGCAUCGCGACAGCAUCGACUCUCCUAAAACACCAGCGAGAGCCGCCACAGUCUCCAGCUUGUCUCUAGCGUCCCUCAACCUGGGCGACAGCGAUAGUACUCAGUCUGACAAGAGAGCAUCGAGAAGGGCUAGUUUAGCCUCUAGCAGUCUCUUCUACUUUUUGAACUCUCCAAAACUCAGAAGGAUGAGGCCCGAGUCUGCAGACGGCUUCCUGUCCCCAAGUCGCUCCAGCAGCAGGAAUGGAGAAAGAGACUGGGAAAAUGCCUCCACCACCUCAUCUGUCACAUCCAAUACUGAGUAUACUGGACCGAAGCUGUACAAAGAGCCGAGUGCCAAAUCUAACAAGCACAUUAUCCAGAAUGCUCUGGCUCACUGCUGCCUCGCGGGAAAGGUCAACGAAGGGCAAAAGAACAAGAUCCUCGAGGAAAUUGACAAAUCUGAGGCCAACAACUUCUUGGUUUUGUUCCGAGAUGCGGGUUGCCAGUUCCGCGCCCUCUACACAUACUGCCCUGAAACAGAAGAGAUCGCCAAACUGACGGGCAUCGGGCCCAGGGGCAUCACGCGCAAGAUGAUCGACGGGCUCUACAAGUACAACUCAGACAAGAAGCAGUUCAGUCAAAUCCCAGCCAAGACCAUGUCAGCCAGUGUGGACGCCGUGACCAUCCACAACCACCUCUGGCAAACCAAGAAACCAGUCACCCCGAAAAAAGUAGUGCCUGCCCCCUCCUAGUCCACCUCAAUCCUACAGUCGUGACCAUCUCCUCAGAAAUCUCUCUCAAUUUGCACUUCAUUGUACAUACCCAUAAGGAUUCAGACACCUGCAAGUUAGCUGUGUGAAAAAGUGUCUUUUCUGUGCUAGUUUUUUUUUUUUUCCUGUAAUCUCUGCGUCAUAAGACUUUUAAGAAAAUCACUUGGAAUGUAUGACACUAUUUAUUGAAGGAUGAUAGAAUUAUGUGAUCAUUCAAGCUUUUAGAGAUUGUCAGAAAAAGCAGUUAUUGAAGGUUUUUAUUGUUUUUGUUUUUUUUAAUGUGCCAAAAAGCAAAAUAGACCGUAUGAAUGCCGGGAUAUUUUAUUCAGUACACUACUUUUUUAUUUUUUAUUGUGUUUCCUUGUUGAUGUGUUUUUGUUUAGUGUGUAAGGGCCAUGAAGUGAUUGUAAAGCACACAUUUUUGUGUAUUUGAAAUGUUUUCUUUAGAUCUGUGGGGAGACCGUUUGUGUAUUAAUGCAGGAAUACAUCGCCAUCUUUAAUCAAGAGCAUUUUAUUUAAGUCUGUAAGAGAGUUGUUCCUCAAACCUCCUGGCUCGUGCUCAUAGUGUGCCUUCCUGAAUUAAUGUUUUGCUCUCCACUUUGAGCUAAUUUUCCUUGCAGUUAAGCUUUUUUGUGUAUUUAUAAAGUGACAGUGAAGCCAUAUUAUGCUAAAUAAUUUAGUGUGUCAUCAGCGUAGCUACAAACUAGUGGUGGAUCAUAGUUCAUUUCUUUUCCUCCAUGUAGUUCAAAUACACAACAACAAUCCUCUCUAAUUACCUAAAUAAUCAUAUUGAAUAAAUCUCUUGAGGUAGCGAACAAAUUCAUUAAAUUCAAUUUCACUUAGGUGCAUUUGCUUAUUGUUUCUUUUAUAUUUAACCCUUGUGCUUUCUUAUGGGAUCCAGAUGACUCCGCCCUUAUAUUGAUGUGUGAUUCCUCUCAUGACAAAGGUGGACAAGAUUUUAUCUCUGCCACUGAAAACAGUGAAGAUAAAAAAUCCUUAGUCACCUUAAUGCUGAGCUAUUUUUAACUAAAACUAGUUUAAAUAUUUUUGUAUAUAAGUAAGCUGUUGUUUCCUUUAUUGGUUUUACUGUGGAGAAAAUGUAAAUUCAUUUUAGGGGAAAAAAAGACCAAAUUCAAGAUCAGAAAUUUUCCGUAACAUUGGAAUAUUUGUUUAACCCUUUAACACUUGAGGUUUCGCCGGUGACGCUUAAACACAACAUUUUUACAUGCUGUAACUUUUAAAUUGUUAACACGGUCGACGUAAUUCCAGUUGAUUCUGAAGGAGAAAGGGGAGUGAUAGUGAUAACAAUUAAAACAUUACAGUAAAUCAAAGAAUAUAAACACUUCAAAAAGGGCAAAACCAUAAUUCAGGGUUGCACGUUUACAUAUGUCAAGGCGCUCUAUGAGCACAAGAGGAAUGGCUUUAAGGAAACUAAGGCUCUAAUAAACAAAAACUUGAUUAACUGUGGCACAGUACAUGUGACUUACCCCUUAAAUGGAGGAAUGUUGAAAAUCUUAAGGGCCAAAAAAACAAUAAUUGCAUACAGCUAGUGUUAGUCACACAGUGCAUCUGUGUUCUGCUCAACAAAGUCAAGAGAUUUUGCUUUUUUAAAACCCUUUUUCAGAAAACUUUUUUUGUUAUUUGAAGACUGCAGGACGUUCCUGACGAUCAUUGUUUUGAGAAUUCUGAAAGUAAAAAUACAAAAAAAAAAAAAAAUCUGAAUCUUUUGGAAGUUGUGGCUGUUAAGUGUUUCUCAGGAAAAAAAAAAAGGUUUUAGAAAAAGUAUUUUGAUGGGAACUUUGAGCUCUACUAUAAUAAACCCAAGUUUGUUUAUAAGUGAAUAAAUUAAAUGUUUAUUUCUUUUUUUUUUAGUUUGAAAAAAAAAAAUCACACUGAUCCCUUCAAGAUAAUGCAAGACAACGUACAAUCAUGAAAUCAUUCACUGAUGUUUGGAAUACGCCCGUUAUCCAAAGAAUAGUGACACAGAGAACUUUAUUUGCACAUUUACUUUAACAGAUUUAACUGUGGGCUUCUCAUUUAAUCUAAAAGCCACUUCCACAAGUUUCAGACAUUUUCAUGAAAUGACUUUUAAGUUAAUCAUGAUUAGGGCUGCCCGCUUCAUUAAACAUGUUUGAAACUUGCAUCCUCUCUGUUAUUACAGCACUUGAUUGUAUCAUACAGCAUCAAGUAAGAUAAAUAUCAGAGAACUUUACUUUCACCUGUAAAUGAAAAAAUAAUUAUAAAUCAGUGGUGAUUUUAAUAUGUUUUUCCACAAUCAAAGUCAUAACGCAGGAUAGGGUGAGGAGAUCUCUGCACCUGCAUACGGGUAGAUGCUUGUUUAAGUUUUUAUUAUUGUCUUUUUUCUUUCGCCUCUGAAUGCCAAAUUAUCACUACAUGCAAUUUUUAAAGUAAGCAGUCUCAUAGCAUGGUGUUGUUUUCAGUAAAACAUUGGAGGAGGAAUGAAAACAAGGAAGAUUGGUGUUUAGCUGCUGUUACUUUGAAAAGAUUUGUUGUUCGUCUUUUGGCUGUUUAAGGUCAAUGCAAAGGAUCAUGUAAAGAUUCUAACGACAAGUUCAGUCACGUGAGCUUCUUUAUGACUCCUGUUUUGAACAUGUAGUCUCCAUUUUUUGUUCUUUUUUAAAUUAUUCUUGCAUUCAAUAAAAUCAAGCAUGGCCUCAA